AUGUCCCUAAAUGCCGAAGACGACCCCACAAAAAUACUAGAAGCCGGACUCACCGAGCUGUCCAACGCCAACAUCGAUGUCGUCCGAAUGGCACUUUCUGAAGGCUUCUCCGCAGAACUGGGCAAUUAUUCCGAAAACAUCAAGACGGAGCUGUCCAAGGCGCACCGGGCUGUCGUAGAAGAAGUUUUGGCGAAUUCCGACAAACUGACCGCACUACAAGAAGCCAUCAUCCAAUGCGAUAAAGUAUUUGAGAAUUUAGAGCAGGUGCUGCGUGGCUUCCAAAAUGAUCUCGGUUCAAUCAGUGAGGAUAUGAAGUCGCUGCAGAGCCAAUCCGCGACCAAGAAUCAAGAGUUGGAAAAUCGACAGAAAGUGCGCGGCGAGAUUAGCCAGUUUGUCGACGACAUCGUUGUGCCGCAGCAAAUGGUAAAGAUGAUUAUUGAGCAAGACGCGAAUGACCGGACUUUCCUCGAAAACCUGCACGAACUGCACCGGAAAAUCUUAUUCAUCCAAUCCCAAGAACACAAAGAGGCUCGGGCUAUUCAUGACGUUGAGCCGGUAUUGGAGUCGCUACGGAUAAAAGCGAUUGAGAAGUGCCGGGAGUGGAUUCUGCUGAAGAUCUAUCAGUUCCGGAAGCCCUUGUCCAACUAUCAAGUACCACAGCAUCAGAUGCUCAAGUCGCGCUUCUUUUACGAAUUUCUCAUCCAUCACGAAGCUGUUAUCGCUGCCGAAGUGCAGGAUGAAUAUGUGGACACCGUUGGGAAGAUGUUCUUCUCAUAUUUCAAGGUAUACACCUCGCGCCUAUUCAAGCUGCUGAUGACGGACAGUGCCUCAAAAGAAGAUCUACUCGGCACGGAAGAUACGCACAAAACCACCGGCAUAUCUACGUUCUUUGGCGCGAAGCCGCAAGUGCGAAACCGAGCCACCGUCUUCUCAUUGGGCCGGAGACAUGAGCUCCUGCGCGAUCAGUUCCUGGCUCCGCUGAUCAUCCCACAUGCUGCAAAGGAACUGAACGAGAAAUUCCAAUUCGAGAGCCUCUUCCGGUCGAUCCACUUCGCCCUGGUCGACCAUUGCAGUCACGAGUUCCUGUUCAUCACCGACUUUUUCCUCGUUUCCGGGCCGAUCGCGGUCGAGAUGCACAAGCGAAUCAUGCAUCGAGCACUCACCCAAUUGCUGCGGGCGUUUGACGAGAAGAUCAUGCAGAACUAUGAUGCCAUCUCCCUCUACCUCUGCAUCUGCCUGGCCACAAAGUUCAAGAAUCUGCUGACUGAGCGGGAGACGCCGACGAACAAUUGGUACUGGGAUGAAAUCACGAACCGUCUCUGGCAACGCUUCGACCAAGUGAUGAGCCUGCACAACGAAAGCGUCAAGAGCCUGGAUGUCAAGAAAAUGCAUCUCGACACUCGCCCCAACUACAUUGUGCGACGCUACGCCGAACUCACGUGCGCACUGCUCGUCAUCUCCGAGGUCUCCAAUUCUGGCGUGGAGGGCCGGUUGGAGAGCGUGCUCGAAUCGAACGAGGAUUCGAUUGAGCAGCUGCUGGGCAGGAUGGCAAGCACAUGGCGGGAGCCAAGGGAACGGCUCGUCUGCCUGAUCAACAACUAUGAUCUGAUCCUCGGAAUUCUCGACGAGAGGGUGACGAUGAAUACUCGGAUCCGCACAAUCGUCUACGAGCUCAGCCAGAAAGCCGCCAGCGAAUUCGUGGAGUUGAGUCUCGCCCCCUACUUCACGGAUAUCAUCUCGCUGGUUACCGAAUGUGAGCCGCUGAUCGAGCAGCAGGCCGCUCAACUGCUCGUACGCUACAAUGAGAAAUUGACGGCCGUCAUCCGCCAUUUCGCGCAGACCUGGAAAGCGUCAAUCGACCAGAUCAACGGCGACAUUGUCAAGUCGUUCACCAAUUUCAAGAACGGCACCACAAUUCUUCAAUCGGCAUUCACGCAAUUCGUCUCGAUGUAUCAGCGUUUCGUGAAGAUGGCUGGCCAUGAUGCGUUCCGUGAAUGCCCGGCGCGCAAUGAUCUAAUCAAUAUUCACCAUAUUAUGAUCGAAUUGAAGAAGUACAAGCCUGUCUAU